AUGGCGGAUGCAAAUAACAACCAAUUCGUGCACCAUCCGAAGGAUCAUGGUGCUAUCGGUCCUUUCGUACCAGCAGAGCCAACACCGUUGUAUUACUGUGGCUUACCGGCAUUUGUAAAGCAGUCAAGGCACCCCACAUGCCAUUGUGGAGUGUCGGCGCUACUAACUACUCCUAACCAACGUGGAAUAUUCACUGCCUUCUAUCGCUAUGGAUUGCCAGAUUAUAGAGGGUUCCCAUCUUAUGACUUUGAGGAGUACAACUAUGGACCCAAAUCGCACUGGUCUUCUGAGUAUGAAUUUGCGGAGUUUCAAGCAGGCAUUAAGCCAUGGCCAUGCACAAAGAUGUCGGACCAUAAGUGCAAGUGUGGCAUCAAGGCUCGCGAAGGAGUUGUUCCGUCUGAGCUAGGACACAUAUACUACUGUGGCAAUGCUUAUGGAAGGGCCGUGGGGAGGACAUGCAAUUGGGAGGACUUCCCUGGUCGUGGAGAGUUAAUAGAGAGGCUGAAGAUACAUUCGCCUCUCGAAAAAGACAGAAAGCAUUGGAUGCGGUUGGAGAAGCAGAUAGAGGAGGCCUACGACUUUAAGGAGGCCGAGGAUAAGAGGGAGAUGGCCUUUUUCCAUAGGCAUUUGCGUCGCUUAUUCCCCGUUGAUGCACCGAAUGACGGCCAUAUCCCCGCACCCAUGGAGGAGGACGAUGACGAUGAUGAUGAACAUGACCAUGACGACGAUGAGUAG